UCAGUUUCAAGUUUCAGCUCCAUCUCCCCUCAACCUCAAUCUCCUUGCCUACUUGCUCCUCCUAUUUAAGCACUGAACCUAGCAAAGGAGAUCAUCCACCACACCACCACAGUUGCAACUCACAACUUCCAGAUCACACGACAAGACAAAUCUGCUCCUUUUUCUGAUUAUUCCGUGCUCGUACUCGUAGCAAAGCUGGUCCCAGUCAUGGCGCCGAGGACGAUGAUGUUGGCGCUGUGGGGUGUUCUUGCGGCGUCCACCGUCGUGGCCGGUGUGGCGGGCUGGUCGCCGGGCACGGCGACCUUCUAUGGCGGGUCCGACGGGUCCGGGACCAUGGGCGGCGCGUGCGGGUACGGCAACCUGUACAGCGCCGGGUACGGCGUUAACAACGCGGCGCUGAGCCAGACGCUGUUCAACGACGGCGCGUCGUGCGGGCAGUGCUACACCAUCACGUGCGACGGGUCACGAUCGGGCAGCCAGUACUGCAAGCCCGGCAACACCGUCACCGUCACGGCCACCAACCUGUGCCCACCCAACUACGGGCUCCCCAACGGCGGGUGGUGCGGCCCGGGACGCCCGCACUUCGACAUGUCGCAGCCGUCAUGGGAGAAGAUCGGCGUCGUCCAGGGCGGCAUCAUCCCGGUGCUGUACCAGCAGGUCAAGUGCUCGCGGAGCGGCGGCGUGCGCUUCAACAUCGCCGGCUCCAGCUACUUCCUGCUCGUCAACAUCCAGAACCUGGGCGGCAGCGGCUCAGUGGGAGCCGCUUGGGUCAAGGGCACCAACACCGGGUGGAUCCAGAUGUCUAGGAACUGGGGCGCUAAUUGGCAGGCCCUCUCGGGGCUCACCGGCCAGGCGCUCAGCUUCGCCGUCACUACCACCGGCGGGCAGUACAUACAGUUCCUGAACGUGGCGCCGACGUGGUGGCAGUUCGGACAGACCUACUCUACCAACCAGCAGUUUUACUACUGACGAUGCGUCCAUCGAUCGGGACGAAGCUUUCGAAUUCUUAUCUGUUUGUUGAGUUGAUCUUCCUAGUUUUGUUCGUAUAUAUGGCGAGGGCCGACGUGCUGUCUCGUGGUUGUGGCGGAGUUUCAGCGCCCGACGAACCGUGGCCGUGGCAUGCUUGCUGUUCAUAGCGCUCAUUGUCUGCGUCCUUCAGUCUUUACCAUAUAUUGGCAUAAUUACAUCAUUUACACAUAUAACAGAAUUGUUAACACCAGUUCAAUCAAUAUGCAAGUUA